UGUAACAAUAUGGCGGUUGCUAUGCAACAUUUAAACAUGACAGACUACACAAGUACAAUUUAAGCACCUACAAUACAAUUUUCGUAUAAAACGUAUUUAAAAAGAAAUUCCAGAUAUGGCUGGUGCUAUGAGACAGCUAGAAGUGCGGCAACUUCCUGCGGAAGUGAGGUGGAUGCAAUGGUCACCCAAAAUGGACCUUUUAGCAAUUAGCAAUGUAAAAGGUGAAGUUGUUCUUCAUAGACUCACAUGGCAAAAAGUGUUAUUGCUAAGUCCGCAAGAUGAGUUUGACACUAUUGCCCAUUUAGCAUGGAGACCAGAUGGAAAACUUCUUGGUGUAUGCUACGAGAUCUCCAAGUUGCUCUUUCUCAUCGAUAUUGAAACUAAAAAUGUCAUUCACAAAACUAAAAUGCCAACAAAUGCCCACUUAACUUACUGCAUGAAAUGGUUGUUACUACCUAAUGUAGGAUAUGAUAGUUCAUCAACAAUUGAUAAAACUGAUAUUUCACCUACGGGUGAUUAUUUACCACCUCUGCCUACUUUAAACAGAACUUUCAAUCAGGAACCAGAACGUAAAGAAUUUCUAACACAUACUUUGGAUAUGCUAUAUAUUGGUCAAGAAGAUGGCACAGUAUUAAUGUAUAUUUUUGGUAUGUUUUAUUGUGGCACUAUCACUGUAGGCAAUGGGCCAAUUUUACAGAUUACAGGUGGGUCUGAAGGCCCAAUGUGGAUUACAUGGAGAGAUAAAAAUUGCAUUAAGACAACCAGAGUAUCUUGUCCAUUAUUGGAGAGAAACAUAGCAUUUUUUAAGAUUGCACAAAUUCAAGCCAAUAUAGAAUGUUUAAAGGAUUACCUCUCACGUACUUUAAUGGCCACUUCUGAAGCUUGGGAAACGAUACUCCUAGAAAUGGAUGAGAAACUCACACGAUAUGCAGAAGCAAAUCCACCUGGUGGUAUGCCUGCAGAUUUUCUGGAACUACUAAUGAUCGGAGUACCCACAAAAAAUGUAGAAAAUUUCCUGUUACGAGAGCUUACAGAGAAGGGAUUGAAAAAGUUUGGUCAUAGUAUCGAAAUGUGUUACGGUAAUAUACAGAAAUUAGUUUCAAAAAAUUUAACCAGUGUCGGCAUGGCUUUGGUUUAUCAAUUAGCCGAAUUAAGAGGAUUAGUGAGAGUAGGUGGCCCGUACGAGGCGAUAGGUUUGCGCGAUGAAACACUUGUAACUAAUGCCAUAAAUGAGGCUGAAGCUUUCCUGGCGAAGUCGUACGAAAUAGAGCAAGUCAUAGACCAAAGUAUGCGCAAUUACAAAGCAUUCUUCCGUUGGUUAUAUGUGGCUAUUCUCCAACUAACAGACGAAAGAAUACCGCCGGAAGUGAGUCGUGUAAGCCAGCAAGAAUUAACAUUCAUCGCCGAAUUUCUACAUGGUUUUGACAAAAGUGUAUCGGGAGCGGAUGGCAGAAGAGUGGUAAAUCUCGAAAAGUUAGGUCAAUACUUGCGUCAUGAAGAUCUGCAGACUCAUUUGACGCCGGAAGGGAGCGAAUGGGCCACCAUGCUCGACACAAAUGAUUGUUUGCGCAACUAUGCACACAUAGUAAAGCAAGAUUUCAACUUAUCUCUAUUGCAAUCUCACACAAAACUAGUCACUGCCAUACAAAAUGUUUUUACUGAAUCCUAUCAGAGCUUGGUUGAUCACUUCACGAUGAUAUCACUUUGUGAUAUCUCUUUGUCGUCACUCGUGGCUAAUAUAUCCUCGCAAAUUGUAACGACCGAUGGAAAUCUCUUAUUAGCCAUAAGCGAUACUGGCAGCAAGUCUAUCAAACUUCUCAAAAUCGAGUAUUCGUCUGCGGAACCCGCAUCACUUGCUUCGAAGAUGAUCACAAUAAACCUGGAUCACGAACACGGAGAAUAUUCCAAGGGAAGUCCCAAUACUGUAAUAGUAGACUUACAGUUUUACUCGCUGAAUUAUCUCAGCUUACUUACGCUGAACGAACAAACUCACACGACAUUUCUUAUACAAGUACCAUUACGUGAUAUAAGCGUGUUUGAUUGUCAAAAUGACAAUACGAUGACUUUGUUCGACAUCUACGGUGUAACAUGGUCAAAACCGUUCCAAGGAACAUCCAGACAAUUGGCGGUCAGCGGUGCCCGGAAGGUAGCUGCUAUCUUGAGCGAAAAUAGAAAGAUCCGAUUAUUUGAAACCGAAGUGGAACCCGAAGAUGAGGAAGACGAUGAAGAUGACGAAACGGGAAUCGAAGAUAGCAUGAUGGAUGCCACGUCCAGUGCACCUGUGGAAGUGUCUUCAUAGCAAGAGUAUAGUUGAAGAAAUGUAAAUAGCACACAAUCAAGAUACUAAUAAUCUACGAUCGAGUAGAUUAUAAAUGUGGACAAUGACUGCUCGGAGAAUUUUGCUUUUCAACGUCAUUUAUUAACAAAUUCAACUUUUAUCUGACUUACUUUUAUCUGUAUAUAAAUAUAAUAUCUCUCUCGUGCACUCCUAAUAUAUAUUUACUAUAAUUAUUCAUAAAUUAAAUAUUAUACGAUAAGAUAUUGAAUAAUUUUAAAAUAUAUUUACUAUAAUAGUUUAUAAACUAAAUAUUGUUUGUACGAUAUAAUAUUGAAUAAUUAUAUGUACAUUUCGAAGCAACAGAACUACAUUGUUUCUUUCAUAUCUAAGAAUGAGAAAAAGUACUUGCAGGAAGUAUGUAUGUUCAUAUAGAUAUUCUACUAUGUAUAAUAA